GUGGGUGGUUUCUGCCGUGUUAGGUUGCUGCAUUGAUGCUUGUGAAUCCGCUGACACGUCACGAAGGUCGGCGAAAUGGCGAGCACCUACAGCAGCCUGAGUCUGCACACCACCCCGGAAAAGUUCUACAUCGAGGCCUGCGAUGAUGGCGCUAACGAAGUCCUGGUCAUUGACCGGGUAUCCACAGAGAUGACCCUCAUAGGGAGGAAGGACAUCCCUCCUUCAGCUGUGACCCGGUCGAUAUGUGGCGUUAUGGGAACGAUACGGCUGGUAGCAGGCAUGUACCUCAUUGUGAUCACAAAGAAGAGGAAAGUCGGGGAUCUGCUGGGUCAUGUGGUUUGGAAGGCGGUGGAGUUUGAUGUGAUCUCCUAUAAGAAGACAGUCCUUCACCUCACUGAUAACCAGAUGCAGGACAACAAGGCUUUUCUGGGUAUGAUCAAUAACGUCCUUCACACUGACGGGUUUUACUUCGCCACCGACUACGACCUCACGCACACCCUGCAGCGUCUCGCCAACACCAGCCCCGAGUUCCAGGAGAUGAGUCUCCUUGAGAGGGCUGAUCAGAGGUUCGUGUGGAACGGUUAUCUGCUCCGGGAUUUCAGCACACAGCCGGAGCUGCACCGCUUCGCCUGUCCUGUGGUCCACGGCUACAUCACCAUGAAGUCCUGCUGCAUCAACGGCAAAGUGUUCGACUGGAACAUCAUCUCCAGGAGGAGCUGCUUCCGCGCCGGCGUACGAUACUACGUCAGAGGGAUCGACACUGAGGGUCACGCUGCCAACUUCGUGGAAACAGAGCAGAUUGUGCAGUAUAACAGUGCCAAGGCCUCAUUUGUACAGACUCGAGGCUCCAUUCCUUUCUACUGGUCCCAGCGACCAAACCUCAAAUACAAACCCAAACCUCAGAUCAGCAAGUCCAGCAAUCACCUGGACGGAUUCCAGAGGCAUUUCGACUCUCAGAUCAUCACCUACGGCAAACAAGUCAUUUUAAACCUGAUUAAUCAGAAAGGCUCAGAGAAGCCUCUAGAGCUCGCCUUCGCCAAGAUGGUGGAGAACCUCGGCAACGGCAUGCUCAAGUACGUGGCCUUCGACUUCCACAAGGAGUGCAGUCGGAUGAGAUGGCACCGGCUGCAGAUACUGGUGGAUACCGUGGCCGAUUUACAGGAAGAAUUUGGGUACUUCCUGGUGGACGCUGAUGGGUCGGUGCAGGUGCAGCAGGAGGGGACGUUCCGCAGUAACUGCAUGGACUGUUUAGACCGGACUAAUGUGGUCCAGAGUCUGCUGGCCAGAAGAUCACUGCAGUCUCAGCUUCAGAGAAUGGGAGUCCUCCACGUCGGCCAGAGGAUCGAAGAUCAGGCAGAUUUUGAGAAGAUAUACAAAAACUCCUGGGCAGACAAUGCUAACGCCUGUGCCAAGCAGUACGCCGGUACAGGAGCACUGAAGACAGAUUUCACACGGACAGGGAAGAGGACGCAGUGGGGACUGCUGAUGGACGGCUGGAACUCUAUGAUCAGAUACUACAAGAACAACUUCUCAGACGGCUUCAGACAGGACUCCAUUGACCUGUUUCUAGGGAACUAUGCAGUGGAUGAGGUCGACAUGUACACUCCUCUCCAUGAACCCAAAGACUGGAAGUUCCUCACGUUGCCAAUCAUCAUGGUGGUGGCAUUCUCCAUGUGCAUUAUCUGUCUUCUCAUGGCUGGUGAUACGUGGACGGAGACGUUGGCGUACGUUUUGUUCUGGGGCACGGCGAGCAUCGUCACCUUCGGCGUCAUCCUCUUUAACGGUCGGGAUUUCGUAGACGCGCCUAAGCUGGUUCAGAAGGAGAAGAUGGACUGAAUGUGUGUGUGUGGAAAGCAGCUGGGCUCCGUCGACUCUUCAUCCUCAUCCUCAUCCUCGCUCCUCUCAUACUCCCGUCUUCGCCAGGGCUGGAGUCUGUACUGAUGUCACCUUCAUCUUUAUAGAUGCUUGACCAUCAUCAUCAUCAUCAUUAACCACCAUGAGGAGAAACAGCGAGGGAUAAGAAGGAGGAAGAGGAUGAAGAGCAGGGGCCUGAAAGGCGGGGCCACAGGGGUGUGUGUCUGAGGGACAAGUGCGUUGAUCGCACAUACACACAUUUACACAAAUACACACACACACACACACUGAGACUCAAAGCUCAACACACACCCGCUGCUCUCCACACUGCUACUGUUUCACUGGAGGACCAGCGCUUAUCUUUAUGAACUGAAGGGGGCGCUAUUACUUAUCCACACGUCCAUUUCUUCAUCUUCAGACCUGGAGAGCAGUCUAAGACCUGAAGGACUCCAGGGGACACAUAUACUGACGUGUCAAAAGUCAUGGGACAGGAACUAGGUUUGUUUCCCAUGACUUUUGACACAUCGCAUAGAAGCUGUAGCCGUUUAUAUUACCAUCUCACAGGUAAAAAUGCUUAUUGUUCACAAGGGGGUUUGGUAAUAUUAGCCUUCUAAGACCAAGGAAUGUAAAAUUUUGCCCUGUGUUCAAUCUCCUCGCUCACAAGAUAGCACCUCACAGCUUAUACAGGUCUGAAAGUUCUCGGUGAGUGGUGAUUUGGCUUUUGAGGAAGUAAUCCCGGUUUUCAUGGGGCCACUUAUGAUCAAGGACUGUUGAAUACUGGCCAGUGUUCAACCUCCUCACUCACAAGAUAGCACCUCACAACGUAUACAGGUGUGGGCAUUUCUUUGUGGGUGGUGAUUUAGCUUUCGAUGACGUAUUGUUGGUACAUAUGUUGGAAGCAUUGGUUCGAGGAGUGUUAAAUGCUGCCCAUUGUUCAGCCUCUUCACUCACAAGAUAGCACCUCACAUCUUAUACAGGUGUGACUGUUUCUUUGUGGGUGGAGAUUUACCUUUUCGAGGACAUAUGUCUAGUAUUUAUAUGUUACUGUUGAUCGAGUAAUGUUAAAUACUGGCCAAUGUUCAACCUCCUCACUCACAAGAUAGCACCUCACAACUUAUACAGUUUUGGGCGUUUACAAGCCGUCACCUGAGGUAACGCUUCAUGAUCAAUUUGCAAACUAAAGGACGCCGCACUGAACUGUUGGAGUCUUCUAAGGCCUUCUAAGAAAAAUUAAUGUUAAACUUUGCCCUGUGUUCAACCUUUUCACUCACAAGAUAGCACCUCACAACAUAUACAGGUGUGGGCGUUUCUUGUGUGGGUGGUAAUUAAGCUUUAUAGUGUGUAUUAGUGGUACAAAUGUGAAGCUAUGGUUCGAGGAAUGUUAAAUACUGGCCAGUGUUCAACCAACCUCACUCACAAGAUAGCACCUCAUAACUUAUACAGGAGUCGCCGGUCACCAUCAUUAUUACCGUCCAUUGCACUGCACUGUCCACUGUGGGUGGUAAUAUUACGCUUCAAGGACGUUUUCUCGUGCGACCCUACGGAUCAAAGAAUGCUACAUUUUGCCCAGUGUUCAACCAACCUCACUCACAAGAUAGCACCUCACGCCGUAUACCCAGGUCUGAAAUUGCUGCUGGCUCUCCAGGUCUGCAGAUGGACGAUGAUGAGGAAACACUGGAGAGACCAGACCCCCGAACCCUUUAUCAUUUCGACUCAUUUUAGUGUUUUCUGAUUGUUGAUCAAAAAUCGCAGCAUUUUAGAGCCAAAUACACAAAAACAGUGACUUCUGUCCUGAGAAAACCUUUUAUCUCCACAGUGGUAGAUCUCUAUUGUAGAAGGAGUUGUCAUGAUAACAUAAAAAUUGGUUUCUCAGUGUUUUUUAAAUCGUAAAAAUACAGUUUUCAUUGAAAAACUGUUUAGAAUAUGGAUAAAAAAUUAAUAGUAAAAAGUGUGAAGAUGUAAGAAGCUGUAGAGCAUCAAGAACGUUGUCAAAUUAAAUUAAUACUAAAAAACUGUCACAUUAAUCCAAUUCACACAAAUUGGAUACUUAUCUGCCAAACCACAUCUGAUUUUUGCCAUGUCUAUAUUAUAUUCAGAUUGAUUUUUGAUAGUGUGCACAGACAGAAAUCACAUUAAAUCAGAUUUUUGCAUACUGGAUUCAAAACCAUAUUUGGAGGUGGUUUAAAAUUUGAUUAUUCUAAUCUGGUCGCUGAUCUAAGACACAAAUCCAAUUUGCCUGCAGUCUGAAUGUAGCCUUAAAUCUGAUUUUUAAAAAGAUUGAAUUUGACAUGUUCACACAAUGCUGAAAAAUCUGAAUUUGAGUCACUUUAGCUUGGUAAAGAGCUGUGACGAUAUAUUAUUUGCUAAAUGAAUGCGAUUAAUCCAUUAAAUAGUGGAUUGUUUAAUUCCACUAAUUAUUAAGAAUAUUCAAACAUUGGUAUCAACCUGAAAUUAAAUUAUUAUUAAAUAUCCUAAACAAAUAAAAUGAACAAAUUUAAAGACAACCUCCAAACCUUCUUUUUCACUAAGUUAACACGAUGACUAAUAUCAAGCAAAAUCUGCCCUAAUAUUAUUGAGGUCGUGUUCAUGUACAGCUCUGUAAGAAAUAAGAGAGCACUUCAGUUUCUGAAUCAGUUUCUCUGAUUUUACUAUUUAUAGGUUUAUAUUUGAGUAAAAUGAACAUUUUUGUUUUAUUCUAUAAACUACAAACAACAUUUCUCCCAAAAUUCAAAUAAAAAUAUUCUCAUUUAGAGCAUUUAUUUACAGAAAAUGAGAAAUGGCUGAAAUAAUAAAAAAGAUGCAGAGCUUUCAGACCUCAAAUAAUGAAUAACCCUGGUUUUUAAUCAUAGUUUUUAAUCCUAGCAUCUCGGCAUCAUGUUCUCCUCCACCAGUCUUACACGCUGCUUUUGGAUAACUUUAUGCUGCUUUACUCCUGGUGUAAAAAUUCAAGCAGUUCAGUUUGGUGGUUUGAUGGUUUGUGAUCAUCCAUCUUCCUCUUGAUUAUAUUCCAGAGGUUUUCAAUUUGAUCAGAUCAAAGAAACUCAUCAUUUUAAGUAAUUAAACCCUAUUUUUUCAAUAAAUUGGUAACAGAAUUAAUGUGGAAGCCCUACUUUGGUACACUGGACCACAUGUUGGUGGACCUGUAAUAGAGAUAGAGCCGGCGUUUUUAAAAUUGAAAAUACACACGGAGAUAAAAGGUUUUCUCACGACAGCGAUGGUGGCUUCUCUAGAUUCUCAAAGCACUGUAGGUACAUGGUCUUAUUAGUUUUGUCAGAAGUUUCUCAGCCUCUAGCUGAGGUGGUGGCACUUAGAUGCUACAUUCAGCCUCUGGUGGAUGUUUUCGUUGGCAUGCCUGUCUGCUGAUCCAUGCGUUUCACAGUUAUCUGCCAAAUCUGAGUCAAAAAUGCCUUUGUGUCCUCAAUCACACUCUUUUAUACACAGCUAGCUGCUGGAAAUCACACUUUCCAGCAUUUAGAAGGUUAGAAAACUGACCUCAGCUGGAGAUGAGAUAUGUCUUAUAUGGUUAAAGUGUUAUUUAAUGAAUGGUUGUUUAAUUUUUUGCCAUUUAUUUUUGUUUUAUAUGGAAAAUUAAAGGGGAUGGUGAAGUGUGGUAGUGGGUAGAGAUUCCCAGGCUUUGCAAAUCCACCAUGCUAAUACACCCAUAGUUACAGGGGUUGGACAAUGAAACUGAAACAUCUAGUUUUAGACCACAAAUUAUAAUUGAUUGUGGUGACGGACAGUUCUGGUUGGAGUAGGAGAGUUGAGGUGCACAUUGAAUUCUGCCAUGAUUUGAUCAGCCGUGGUUUUAUGUUUUUUGGAUGCAAUCCGGGUUAGCACCCGAACAUCCCUUUCUGACAGCUUCUUCUUACAGCGUCCACAGUUAAUCCUGAUGGAUGUGGUUGGUUCUUCUUGGUGGUAUGCUGACAUUACCCUGGAUACCGUGGCUCUUGAUGCAUCACAAAGACUUGCUGUCUUGGUCACAGGUGCUCCAGCAAGACGUGCACCAACAAUUUGUCCUCUUUUGAACUCUGGUAUGUCCCCCAUAAUGUUGUGUGUAUUGCAAUAUUUAGAGCAGAGCUGUGCUCUUACCCUGCUAAUUGAAUCUUCUCACUCUGCUCUUACUGGUGCAAUGUGCAAUUAAUGAAGAUUGGACACCAGGCUGCUCCAAUUUAGCCGUGAUGAAACCUCCCACACUAAAAUGAUGACAGGUGUUUUAGUUUCAUUGUCCAAUACCUGUGUAAGUGGUGUCCUUGGGCUAGACUCCUAAAGCUAUGUUUGCCUACUUUUUUAAGUUUAAGCCAAAUGCCAUAUAUGUAAUACAUGCAAAUGUUCUGAUUCUUCUCAUGUUCUUUUGUCUGCUUUUGAGCUUUUCAACAUUAUGUUUUAGAAGCAGCGUUAUUUAUAUUCAAUUGAUUAGCGCCUCCACUUGGAAAAUAAGUAUCUAAAUUUGACGUCACAUAUUGAUAAAUGCAUGGCAAACAAAAACGAUACAACAUAUUUCAAUAUUGAUAAUUUGGCCCAUCUCUACCUGUUGAACCAUCCAACCCAAACAAAAACAAACCCAAUGGUGGUCAAGGCCUAAGCCCCAUAGCUCCAUCCAGUUGGUACCUAAGUUUACUGAGUGACUGGGUAAAAGACGUUGUUAGCAGCUAAGCCGUGUCAUCCUGUAUAUUUGUUCUUAACAUUAAUUUGUUUCUUUCCAUUCUACUUUUAUUCGUAAUUUGUUUUUCCGUAAUUUCGGGAUUGCUUGUAGAACUGUAAAUUCCACAGUGGGAUCUGCCUUAAGCUGGGUACGGGGAAAAGUGUACAUAAAGAGCAUCACUCUGUGUUUUAGCGCAGGACUUCAUUUGUAUGUUUAGGAUCUGCCUUAUCAGAGAAUGUAAUAUGAAAUACCUGUUAAUAUUGUUAUUAAAAUGGAAAUCACCUUU